AUGGAUAAACUUCUAGUCCUGUUUUUGCUUUCCCUUCCAACAGCAGCUCCAAAAGGCUCUCAUUCUUUGUGGUUGCUUGCAACCUACCUGAGGGGACAAAUGCCUUUUCCUCAAUUUAGUUACACAUUGAUGUUGGAUGAUGUCAGAGUUCUGUAUUAUAACGGUGAGACAAGGACCUUCAUUCGAAGAGGAAACACAGCACCCGAAAAUCAUGUGUUUGAUUCUAAUGUUCUCCUCACCAUCAGUGACUACAUAGAAUCAUCUUUUCAGAGCAAAUGGGCAGUAGCGACAAACACCCUGAAUAAAACUGAGGGUGCUCUUGUGUUGCAAAGACUGGUUUUGUGUGAGAUGAAGGAUAAUGGCGAACCGGGACAAAUGAUCACGCGGGACGCCUUCGAAGGAUUCACCACAGAUGAGCUGCGAUAUAUAGACAAGAAUUUUACAUACCAGGGUUCUUUAAAUGUCACCGCUCAGGUGCUGAAAAUCCAUCUUGAGAUCUCUAUGUGGCGUCAUAAACAUUUAUAUCUCCCAACCUGCCUAAAAACUCUCAAGGGUUACACUGAAACAAGGAAAAAUCAAAUAAAUAGAAAAGUGAAGCCCAAAAUCAGGCUUUUUCAGAAAGAACUGUCUUUUGGUUCCCAAGUAAGUUGCCUGGCAACAGGAUUUUACCCUCGACACAUCAGUCUGACCAUGCUCAGAGACGGGCAGCCUGUAUCUGAUCAUGAGAUCACCGGAGGAGAUCUUCUGCCCAAUGAUGACGGGACGUACCAGAUGAGGAAGAUUCUGAGGAUCAGUGCAGAAGAACAGAGAAGGAAACACAAAUACACCUGCACUGCCACACAUCUCAGUCUGAACAACAAACUGGACAUCACUUUAGAGUAUGAUCAUGGGACACCGGUAAAGUCAAUGAUUUUCUCAGUUGUAACGGCUUUGGCUUUGGUGUUGAUUUUGGGGGCUGUUGCUGCUGUAAUUCUAUAUAGAGAAGGUGAAAGACAGAAUCUGAAGAAAGUGUGGACACAAGUCUGUCAUUUUGAUGGCGUUAAGCUACAGAAAUCAAGUGAAGAGACAUCUUUAAACAAUGUUCAGUAAUAAAUCGUUGCAAGUUGUUUCAGUUCAAAUAAAAAAUGAUAGAAAUGCAUUAAGCAAACAAAUAUGCAGCGAUGGACUAUGUAUAGCAAUAUAACCUUCAGACAAUAUUGACACAGUUUUUUUACUUAGUAAACACUUGCAAGUGACU